UAUGCGGCAUUCAUCGCCAGGGCCAAACCACCUCUGGUACUCUCCGGCAUCGUUAGGCUGCUAUUGCUCAAUGAAGGGUUAGAAGACGCGUGUAGCUCUGCAACAUAACGCGUUUAUCCCUGAAAGCCUUGGCAUCUAUCCCAACUUCGUAGCUCAAACGCAUAUACACCUACCUACCCAAGGAGUCCUACGUUGCUACGUUGCUACACCAUCUUGGAUAGAUAGCGGGGAAAUCGGAACGACAACAAGCUAUUACUAGGUAUACAAGCAACCCUUCACUAGGUCGCUCGCUCUCCUUAGCCUACCCGCCUAACCCGCUCCUAGAGGCGAAGGGGACCAGAGCUGCCAACCCGCUCUACAACGCAAUGUUGAGGCGUCCGCCCACCACCCUCACCCUCACGGCUGAAGAUGUGGCCGCGUAUGAAGACCGGCGCUAUGCUGCCCAAACUCAAGUACAUUCGCGUUCUGCCUCCCACCCCCCAUUGCCGCAGCAAUCCCAACCAACCGCAAUGGACACAUCGUCCUCGUCAUUAACGCCGUCGCCUCCACCUACAACGACAGCCGCAGACGACGAAGACAUGCAGGAUGCCGAUGCCGAAGUCGGUGACACCAGCGACCCCUUCAUAACCGCACCCCGCCGCGCCGCCCGCGAUCAGCACCGCGCUCGCGCACAGUCGCCUAGUCAAGCGCGUGCUGCAUUCAUACAACAGGCCCGGGCAACCAGAAGUCAACAUCCUGCUACUGCCUCCACAUCCACAUCUGCCACGACCCCCACGACGCGCACGCAGCGGGUAAUCGGUGUCUCUGGCGCGACCGCCACCCAGCAAACGGCUUCGACGAGGUCCGGAGGCGCCGGCGGAACUGCUGCGCGGCCAACGACUAGUAGGCAAGGUAGCAGUGAACCAACCGGUACGUCGGCCCCGCCGGCGGGGCGGAUGAUGACAAGGAGCCGAGAGGAGCGGGUUGGGGUCGCUCCAACAGCGGGGCCGGGAGCGAGCGCAGCAUCGAGACGUCGCUAGGAACAGAUAUCUCGUAGGUGGGGAGUUGUGAUACCACCUUCUCACUCCCGUUGAGUCGCUAUUUCGUAUUGCACGUCCGUUUCCGUAUACUCGGCACCUCGCAUUAGGUACUUACCAGCGAGGUGAUGGA